CACUCCCCCUGCAGUAAGCUGCAGAAUGGGACGCUCUUGUUCCAAAGCCAGCCGGCAGCUGUCACAUAGCAGAGGCAGCAAGCAGCCUGAGCAAAGAGUGAACCUACUCUGUCAUUUAGGAUGACUCACAGGGAAUUGGCAUCAAUCCCUCUUUUGCUUGUAGUGGACGGAGCACAACCAAAAAGCUACACUGGAUCAGAUCAAGGGGAAAGCGGCAAGAUUGAUGACAAAAAACAGAAACUGAAAUAGCUACACAUCCCCCUCCUGGGAAGGUCUGGAUGGCAGAACCACUGUGUAAUGCUGCUGUAAGGAAAUGUAAAUUGGUGUGGCAGACCACCAUCUUCAGCCACAUCAGAGCAACUAAGAUGUGCUGUUAUCAAGAUCUAAACCACAUCAAGCAAAGCAGACAUGAUCCAGAAACUAUGCCCCAGACGCCAAUAUUUUCCAGCAUGCUUGGUUCCGGAUGUAGUGGGCAGGUGCAGCCAGACAUGGGAGAAAGGAGCGGCGAUCCUGUUUUUCAGGAUGGGAAUCUUGUAUCUGGAUCACUGGAGGCCCUGAUUGAGCGUCUGGUACCCACCACAGACUAUUAUCCAGAUAGGACAUAUAUCUUCACCUUCCUACUGAGUUCCCGAGUCUUCAUUCACCCCCAUGAGCUCCUAGCUAAAGUGGGGCAAAUUUGCCUUAAACAGAAACAGCAACUGGAGUCUGGAGUCGAGGCAGACAAGGCAAAGCUCAAGUCCUUUGCUGCCAAGAUCAUCCAGCUCUUGAAGGAAUGGACUGAAACGUUCCCUUAUGACUUCCAGGAUGAGAAAUCUAUGAAAGAGCUAAAGGAAAUUGCUCACAGAAUCACACAGUGUGAUGAGGAAAAUGGAACUGUCAAGAAGAUCAUUAGCCAGAUGACACAGAAUCUGCUGAUGGCCCUUGCUGCACGCAAUCAGUACCAGGAGAUCCGAGAAAAGUUUCGACAACCCGUGACCGACAAAGGCACAAUCCUGAAAACUAAGCCUCAGUCAUCACAGAAGGAUAUACUGAGUGUUUGUUGUGACCCAUUGGUCCUUGCACAGCAGCUAACACACAUUGAACUGGAAAGAGUGAGCAACAUUUACCCUGAGGACCUCAUGCAAAUUGUCAGCCAUAUGGAUUCCCUGGAUAAUCACAAGUGCCGAGGUGAUGUUACCAAGACCUACAAUCUGGAGGCCUAUGACAACUGGUUUAAUUGCCUCAGCAUGUUGGUGGCUACAGAGAUUUGUAAGGUUGUGAAGAAAAAGCAACGAACAAGAAUAGUGGAAUUUUUUAUUGAUGUGGCAAGAGAGUGCUUCAACAUUGGAAACUUUAAUUCAAUGAUGGCCAUUAUCUCGGGUAUGAACUUGAGCCCUGUGUCACGACUAAAGAAGACCUGGUCCAAAGUCAAAACAGCCAAAUUUGAUGUUUUAGAGCAUCACAUGGACCCAUCCAGCAACUUUUGUAAUUAUCGAACAGCCCUUCAAGGAGCAGCACAGAGAUCCCAGAUGGCACACAGCAGCCGGGAGAAAAUAGUCAUCCCAGUUUUCAACCUUUUCAUUAAAGAUAUCUACUUUCUGCACAAAAUACACACCAAUCACUUGCCAAAUGGACAGAUAAACUUCAAGAAAUUCUGGGAAAUUUCAAGACAAAUCCAUGACUUCGUGACAUGGAAGCAGGUUGAGUGUCCUUUUGAGAAGGACAAAAAAAUUCAGAGUUAUCUGCUCACAGCACCUAUUUAUAGUGAGGAAGCUUUGUUUAUUGCAUCAUUUGAAAGUGAAGGUCCAGAAAAUCAUAUGGAAAAGGAUAGCUGGAAGACACUCAGGACAACUUUACUCAACAGAGCCUGAGGUUUUGGACUUUUGCUUCAGAUUCUAAAGCACACACUGAGAACAUUGUUUUUAAAUCCUGAAUGACUUGGUUUGAGAAAAAGGCCUCACUGGCUGGGGUCUGUUUUGUAUGUACAAUACCUUUUAUGAAUUACAACAGGAAAAAAUGUGCUAAAUAUAAAUAUUUCACAUCAAGGCACUUAUAAAAGAAGGAUUUUGUUUUUUAUCUAUUAAAAAGAAUCAAGGGCAGGGCCCUAUUCUCAGAGAUGAAAUGGAUUGUGGGGGGUGGUAACCAUGGUGAUGUCUUAUUCUAAUGACAUCCAGAUCUUUAUUUUCAUGUUUGAUUACUUCCGCCUAAUACACGCACACUCUCAGAUGGACGGAAUACAUGUACAGAUUCAGUGCUCCACUAUGCCUUGAUCUGGCCAACACUUCUUGAAAAUGAAUUUUUCAUUACGCGGACUGAUACCUUGGAAAUCAGUAAGACUUCCACAGCCCUAAAGAGUUACAAGAUCGUUUUCCAGGAUUAGCUUAGUUGGUCUUCACUAUUUCACUAACAAUGGUGUAGCGCAGAGCCCUAUUUGGAACCACGUUUGGGUCAUCUGAUAUUUUGAAGAGCUUUCUUCUCCUGUUCCCUCAUUGCCCACAGAAGAGGGGAUGAAAACCAGCUUCCCAGCCACACUUUCAAGUACCACUCAUUGUCUCCUUGUUGCAUCUGAUGAAAUAGGCUUUUGUCUGUGAAAUCACUUCACAAUCAAUUUGUUUGUCUUCAAGAUAACACAGGAUUCUUUCUGGAUUUUGUGGCAAUGUAUUUCACACUUCUAAUUUUCUAGAAUUUAUCAGCAUUGUUCUGGGUAUCCCACAUGUUUUUUUAAUGCUGCCAUUCUUGCCUCAUAGGCUCAUUUGUGCUCUUAGGCCCAGUUUAUACAGUCAGUCAAAAUAAUCUAGUGGUAAAGCUUGCCUGGAGUAUGCCACUGUUGGUAAUGUGGGUUGACAGUGGUUGCACAUUUGAAUGAUGUUCACAUAGAAAUGUCAUAGAGAAGGCUUGGUCGAUUCUUUAAUUCCAAUAUGCCAACGUUCUACAUGCAACAAGUUUAUAUUUAUGGAAAGCAUUUGAACACACAACCCUAUCGCCUGUGAUACUACAGAGAUACUGUCCUAAUCAAGCUUUACCAUUUCAUUUUGUCAGUGGUCUGAACUGAUCCUAAGCUGCAAGAAAACAGUGUGGGAGCCCACAGUUCAGCACAGGGACUCCCUGUCUCCUUAAGUCUGGCCUUAAACCACUGCAGCAGCAAGACUGCUCCCCUCUUACAUCAAAGAAUAGUGCCUUACAAGGUACUGAAAUUGUUUAGUGUACCUUCUUCUACAAUUCUGGGUUGGAAGUAAGUGAAAUAAAAAUAUGGAUGUCUUCUAAAAACCAGCUUCAGCUUUGUAAAUAAACUGGACGAUAUGGCACAUGAACUAGAGUAUACCUGUCUGUAUAACAAUGGUGCAGCACAACUUAUUUUUGUUACAAGGUUUGACAAGGUAAAAUGGGAUAAUUUCUAGGUCUUUCGUCUCUCCUCCUCCCGUACCCCACUUUUACUAGUUCUGAGAACUCUUUAGUUUACAUUUGCAUUUUAUUUAUCAGGGAUUUUUAGGCAGUGUGGACACCAAGAUGUCCAAUCAUCAGCAGAAAAUUAACCAGCUAUGUUGUGGCAACAUUUACAAACUAGCCUCUGGCUGUACUGAAAUUAGUUGGAGGAUAUCAGUUAUAGUAUCAGGACAGAAACUGAAAGGUGGAAUUUUAAAAGAAACCUCACUGACAAGAAGAGUUCAAAGUUCAGGCUAGCUGUUAAAACAUCAUACAGAUAGGCUCAAGGGAAUUUGCUGCCUUGCUGUUUGACUCCCAUUAAUUGACCACCAGCCAUAUGAUAAUAGCAAUUUCUCCAAAGCAGGUUACUAAGUAAUAACUACAGUUAUAAAGUCAAUAAUAUUAUUAUUGAUGAGCAACUCCUGCUAAAGUUUUGGACCACCUUGUGAUAUAAUUAUUGGGAUGAAAGGAGUUUUCAGAUAUUAACUAGGCAAUUCACCACAUUCUGUUACAAUUACAGUUGUACAAUCCACAAUUUCAAAUGUAUGAAUAUUUCAAAAUCUUCCUUGUUAACUUAUUCCAUUGCUUUGAAAUGUGUUUUCUAAUUAUUACGAACCUUGUUUUUUGCAGUCAUGUUUCUUGCAAUUUAAAUUCUUCAUUUCUCAUAACUGUACUAUUUUCCCCAUUGGCUCAUUAUAGGUGGCCCUCAUUAUCCGCAGAAUCCAUAUCUGGUGGUUUCACAUAUCUGUGAUUAGGUCUUAGAGACCUAGUUUCAUUAUCCAUGGUUAGAUAAAUACGCAAAAUUCACCUAUCCAUAGUUUUGAGAGAGUGGAAAUGACUUCUGAUGUCAUUUCUGGCUUCCAUUUUCUAACAGAGAGACAUUUUGUGGCAUAUAUCAGAAAGCCCAUGAAUAAUGAGGGCCACCUCUACUUAGAAAAACUUUGAUCUGUUCACACAUGCAUGGCACAUCAUUUGACUGCUCAAGUGAUAACUGAAUGUGUGAAAUGCCUAGAUCAAAAAGUAUUGCAUUUAAGGUUCUAAUUCACACAUGCAAUAAUCACUUGAUGAUUCAGUUUUCAGGUGAUGAACAUGCAAAUAGUAACCAGUCCAUAAUAGCAGAACCACCCAUUUAGAGCAAAAGAACUGGAGGGCCCAGCAUUAGUUGAAGCUAUUUUUAAAGGAUUAAACUACAUCAUAGAAGAUGAUGAAACAAUCUUUGCAGAUCACAGUUAGGAGCAUACUCUAAAACCAAUGAAGCUAGUCCAUUUUAACUUCUUUUUUAUUUGAAUGUAUGACUAAUUCACUGAUAAUAUUAGGUUUCAGGUUUCUCACUUUACUGCUGAACUUCCUAAUCGAUUUAAUAAAUAAUUUAUUUAUUUCCUAAAUAAAUUAGGAAAUUAAAAGACUUAAACACUGAGCACUAGAUUUAAAAUGAUGAUUGGUUUAAUUAAGUGACAAUUAUAUAUUAUCAUACACAAUUACAUUCCUAAAGACAAUGAAACCAAGGCCCAAUAGCGCCCCAUUCAUGAAAUGUCAUAUUUGCAAGUUUGUCAAUUAGAUAAUACAUAAAAAUAUGUAUACCUAAAAAAAAGGUAGUGUGAAGAGGCCUUAUCGAUUCGUUUGCAUCCCUGUUUUCUAAUUAAAACAUAAUUAUGUGGUAAGAUGCCUAUCCAUCUUAUUGAAAUCAAAUCAAUCUUUAUUACGAUCACAGACCAGCAUAAAGUAUAAGGGUAAUUAAAAGUUAAAAGUGAGAAUAGAUAAAAAGUGAUUACAUAUAAAAUGGUACAUAUUAGUACUAAAAGAGCUAAAAAGACUAAAAAUAGUAGAUAACACCAGAAGCAUGCAGGCCUAAAAGCCUAAGAAAUAGUAAAAGUCAUAAAAAUGCAUAAAAGGCAUAAAGGCAGGGUGUGUGUGUGUGGGGGGGGGGUCUUAUUGAAAAAUGAGCAUGCUUUGCCAAAGCAUUUUGCUAUCACCGCUAAAAACUGUCAGGGAACAAGGCAAAACAAAUAAACUAGGCAGAAGCAAUGGAAUCAAUUUAUACAAGUUGAAAGAGGAAGCAAAAAUACUAUGUAUUAGAAGAAAGACAGCCCCACAAAGACAGACCGAGAAUUAGUGGCUUUGUUUAUUUGUGAUCUGCUGCUAUUUUUUCUGUGCUGAAGUAUUGAUUUUUCAGCCCUGGAGUUAGAGAAUAUUUAUACUGUAUUACUACAGUGGUUUUUUUGCACUUUCAGAGGUGUCCUAGCUAGCAACAUUGUCAAACACUAUGAAAGGGGUCGUAUAAUUGGUUUUGUUAAUGUAUUUGAAAUUUACAGAGGGAUGUUUUAAAUUUGAGAUAUAGAUAUAGAUAUAGAUAUAUAUUUGAGAUGCAAUUCUGGAACACUUUUUGUGUAUGCAUAUUUAAGAAGAAGAAAAAAGCUUUCACAUGAAUGUGCACUCCAGUGGUCAAUUGGUUCUAGUAUAUACUUGAAAUAAGUGCCAUUUCUACAUGGCGUUCCAUUAUUAUUUUCUUUUCCUUUGGUUUGAUACAUUCUUUCAACAUCUGUGUUUUGUUAUUCGGAGCUAAAUUGCUACAUAUAAAGCUGUACCAUAAAGCAGGAUAUUCUGUGUUUGACUCGAUGUGCUUGCGUUAAUAAAAACAAAGUUGCUUCAA